CGGAAACCGUACUAUCUGAGAAAUCUGGGGUUUGAAGAACUGUACUCAUCUUAAAAUUAGGGUUCCAAAUCUCAGCUCUACAUUGAAGUAAAUGUAGUUAGUAAAGUUUUUUUUUUCCAUUUGAAACAAUAAGCGUUCAAGUCUCUGCUUUUAGCUACAAAAGGAAAAAAACACUAAAUCAAACAAUAAGAUCGGAGAACGCAUAUUAACCUUCAGUUAAAUCAAACAAUUAGGGUUUCACAGAGAUCUAGACAAAGAGCAGACAGAAGUGAAGAUGAACAAAGGUUUCUUCUUUUUUGUUCUUGAUUCUACAUUUACACAAUGUAUCCUCUGUUUUGAUCUUUUCUUGCUAUCGAACAGGAGUUUCUUUGGAUAAUUGUGUUCCAAAAUUCUUCAAAGUUUACUUACCUGAUGAGUCCGGAGAUGAUAUGGUACUACCCAUUUCUUUCACCAGAUUUUUACCAAAGUCUUUGCCUGAAACUGUAACUGUUAGAAGCAUUUCUGGAAAUAUUUGGAAAUUGGAGUUAAAGAAAUGUUGUGGUGAUGAUGAUACUGAGAAAUUCGUUAUGGUUAAUGGGUGGAAGAGGAUUGUGAAGGACGAAGAUCUCAAGGGAGGAGAUUUCUUAGAGUUUGAGUUUGAUGGCUCUAGUUGUUUCCAUUUCUGUAUCUAUGAGCAUAGGACAAUGUGUAAAAAGAUAAGAAGAAGUUCAGAUCAAAGCGAGGAGAUCAAAGUGGAAUCUGAUAGUGAUGAACAAAAUCAGGCCAGUGAUGAUGUUUUAUCUCUUGAUGAGGAUGAUGACGAUUCUGAUUAUAAUUGUGGUGAAGACAAUGAUAGUGAUGAUUAUGCUGAUGAAGCUGCUGUCGAGAAAGAUGAUAAUGAUGCUGAUGAUGAAGAUGUUGAUAAUGUUGCUGAUGAUGUUCCUGUUGAAGAUGAUGAUUAUGUUGAGGCUUUUGAUUCUAGAGAUCAUGCUAAGGCUGAUGAUGAUGAUGAAGAUGAAAGACAGUAUCUGGAUGAUCGUGAGAACCCAUCUUUUACUCUGAUCCUUAAUCCGAAGAAGAAAAGCCAACUGCUCAUCCCAGCUCGGGUUAUCAAAGACUAUGACUUGCACUUCCCUGAGAGUAUCACUCUUGUCGAUCCACUUGUGAAAAAAUUCGGGACAUUGGAGAAGCAGAUCAAGAUUCAGACAAAUGGUAGUGUGUUUGUCAAGGGAUUUGGCAGUAUCAUCAGAAGGAAUAAAGUGAAGACAACGGAUAAGAUGAUAUUUGAGAUCAAGAAGACUGGUGAUAAUAACCUGGUUCAAACAAUCAAGAUUCACAUUAUCAGUGGAUGAUUAUUUAUAUCUCUCUCUCUCUCUCUCUCUCUCCAUCUCUCUGUCUUUAGUUACGUGUUUUGGAGUUAAAUCAAGAUUAUUG